UCUGAGUCCGCCGACCGAUGGCGGCCGCACGGCCACGCUGAAUCCCUCCUCGACGCUCGUCCGAGUCUUCGCGUACUAUACUAUGCUAUAACUACUACUACUGUUAUAUACACGCUGCUAACCCUGCGUUGAGUUGAACCCUCCGUGCGUGCAGUGUGAGGCUGCCGAAAAUUCGCCCGUGUGCGUUCGGUGCUGCGUUGUUGUGUACUACCGCUGUGCGUGUGAAUCGCAUACGAGAGCGAGAGAAGCUGUGCUUACUGCUACUACAAUAUACGCUGCACCGCGUAUAAAACAUAACCUCGUAGUGCGUACACCGCUGCCAGACAUUUCGCUCGGUGCGCCUGUGUUUUGCUCCUUAAUUUUCGUAAACAACCACCUGAAUGUCUAUGUAAUUUGGCCCCGCGCGUGUGCUCUCUCAAGUGCAUCCAUGUGUUGAUACAUUCCAGUGGUGUACUGUUGUUGUUUUACAGUGUGCAGUUGUUAUAGCGAAAUACAACCAGAAGAGCAUAUAAAGCAAAAAGAAAAUAAACCUUUUUUUGUUAUCGUUGUUGCUGUUGUUUGGUAAAUACACUCGACAUUCGUGGCAGUGUACGUGUGAACUUGUGCGCGCGCUGUUUUAAAAAAAGUAUGUAAACUAUCUCUCCCGCUGGAUCCUUAUCUCUCUCCGUCGUCUCGGGGGCGAAAAUGCACGCAGAUUCAAAUACGCAAAGCUGCAGCAGUAGUAGGCGAGUAAUACUGCGUUGAGAGAAAACUACAUACACACAAACACGCAAGAGGGAGAGAGAAAGUCGUCGUCGUCGUCGUUUCUUCUCUGUUUCGCGCGCGCGAGCGGAGCGGAAGAUAUAUAGAUUUUUGCAUCGCGCAAAACCGCACCACGACAUUCUCUCCUUCGCAGCGAGAGAGAGAGGCAUAUAAAUAUACAACAACAGCAUUGGCAGGCAAUAUGACGGCGAUCAAGAUGCUGCUCUUGCUGCUGGCCGCCUGUGGCUACAUGGCCAAUCCGGCUGCUGGCUUUUUCAACCUGUUUCUCAGCCAGACCGAAGUUCACAAACUAAUGGGACUCAACGCCGAGCUGUUCUACGUGCGCGAGGGCGUGAUCAACGAGUACGCCAUAAAGUUCGUCGUUCCAGUUCCAGCCAAGCUGGACAAGCUGCACUUUACCUGGGAAAAUCUGGCCGGUCGACCGCUACCGUACACGGUCUUCGUUGACAUCAGCAAUCCAACGGCUCUGUCGAGCUCGCUCAACAUCUCCGACGCCGGUGAGAUUCCCGUUGGCGGCCUUCAGACCUGGGCCGUGGCACUGCACUGCGGCCCGUACGACGCCGAGAUCGACGUCACGCUGAGGAUCAACGUGUCGCUGACGCGUCGCAACACCACCAGCCUCGAGUUCAAGCGCAAGAAGAUCUGCCUCAAGGGCCAGAGCUUGUACCACGAUCCCGAGGAGAUGUACUCGCCCUCGGUCGCGUCGUCCGCCUCGUCCUCGUCCUCGUCUUCGGUCGAGAGAUCCGGUAUCAGCCCGGGCGGGCAGGUGUUCUACGCCGCAGUGGGCUGUGCGUGCGCCUUCAUCGCUGCCAUAUGCGUACUCGUGACCGCUUAUUACGUGAGGGAUAAAAAGGCAAGGAGGCACAGGGAGCCGCUCCAGGAAUCGCGUGGACUCGGCUCGGCUUGCAGCGUGGAGCGUGGCACGGGCAUAGGACCGGCCCAGACCUUCCUGUUGCCGGACACGCCGCCGCCAGCCUCGUCCGCGGCGUCGGUGACGACCUAUCGCAGGAUCGACGAGCGCUCCAAUCGAGAGCUCUACGAGCGCAUCCAGGAGAUAACCGUUCAGAGAUGUCGAGUUCGCUUAUUGAGCAUCGAGAUGGAGGGCACCUUCGGUCGCGUCUACCGCGCCAGCUACCACGAGGAAGGAGCCCCCACACCCAGGGACGUACUGGUCAAGACAACCUCCGAGCAGGCGUCCCAGGCUCAGAUGGCCAUGCUGCUGCGCGAAGGACUGGCUCUCUAUGGGCUGAAUCAUCCGACUCUUCUACCCGUGCUCGGCGUAUCGAUCGAGGAGCGCGGCUCGCCCUUCGUGCUCUAUCCUCACACGAAUUAUCGCAAUAUGAAGCACUUCCUGCUGCGCUGCAAGCACGGAAACGGCGACGGAGCACCGACUCGCGCUCUGACCACUCAGGAGCUCGUCGAGAUGGCCCUGCAAGUGGCCAAGGGUGUGCAAUAUCUGCAUCGCAAGCGACUGGUGCAUCGCGAUAUCGCAGCCAGGAAUUUAGUGGUUGACGAUGAGCUACGCGUACAAAUCACCGACAAUGCGCUAGCACGAGAUCUGUUCCCGCAAGAUUACAUAUGCCUAGGUGAUACAGAAAAUCGACCUAUCAAGUGGCUCGCGAUCGAAAGUCUGCUAAAUAAAACAUUUAGCACUGCUACGGACGUGUGGGCGUUUGGUGUUCUGCUUUGGGAAUUCACGACGCUGGCUCAACAACCCUACGUCGAAGUCGAUCCUUUCGAGAUGAUCUCGUAUCUCAGCAAUGGUUACAGAUUAGCCCAGCCGGUCAAUUGCCCCGACGAGUUGUUUGCCAUGAUGGCCUACUGUUGGGCUAUGUCGCCGGACGAGCGGCCCACCUUCAGUCAACUAAUCGUCUGCCUACAAGAGUUUCACGUUCAACUAACCAAAUACGUGUAAAUGAGAAUGUAUGUUGAUAGCGUAGUGAACCCAAAAUGAAAGAGAACUCGCUGUUCGGUCAAUGAACGAAGAUCAGAGUUCACAAUAGUUAUGAUUGAUAAAAUAACUACUUUAAUCAUUCAAGUAGUUCAAUGAGAGCUUAAAAAAAUUACAAAUAUCACUUAGAAUGUUAAAAAAGAUAGAAAAUGUAUAUCUAAUGAAUUUAAAAAAUUCAUAUUUGCCAAAAGUUGUUGAUAUCAGGAUUAAUUUUUGGAGAAGCUAUAUCGAUAUUGCAUGUGUAAUUGAAAGAUGGUUUUCAAUUGUUUAUGUGAGUGAUAAUUUUCGUUGAAUUUUGUGAAUAUUUUUAACUGUAAAAACGAGUAUGUGUACAUAUUUGUAUAUCGUGAUUUAUAUUUAAUGUCUUAUUUUAAGAAAACAAAAGUCUUUACAGUAUUUAAGAUAUCGAGAUUUUUUAUUUUUAUUUAAAUGUUUUAACUAUGUUGAUAUUGAACAAAUUAAAGUAAACGCUUAAAACAAAGCGUUGAUCUCACUUAUCAAACAAAGCAAUGAAAGAAAAAUGAUAUUUUUUUCAUUCAGCGUCAACGACCAUCCGAGACGUGCAUUUUUUCCAAAAAUAUCAUUGUACUUAUCAUUUAUAAUUUUUUGUAAAUAAGAAAAAUUAAGAAAGAAUGGAUAUCGAGGCGAAAGCGAAAGUUACAAUGCAGUCUCCAUGAUGUCAAGAAACUUGAAAAACAAAAAUUACUUUAGUCAGUAUGAAAAAUCUUUCCAUUUUUGUGUAUACUCAAUAGUUCAAAGCAAAUCAAUAUUAAAAAUUAUAACUAUACGCACACAAAAAUUGAUGAUUUUGAAAAAAUCAUUGAAAAAAAUCUGCACUUGCAUCGUCUAAAAAAUUCGGAGAUUGUCAUGUUAUCUCUCCGCAUUGUAUAGAUAGGUACUCCCCGCCCCGAAUGUAAAUAUAUUGCGACCUUAGAAUUCUAAAAAUAUUUAAGCAAACGUAUAUAAAUAUACAAUAUAUUGCACUUGU